AGAGACGCAACACACUCGUCCAAUGACUCGUGGCCGUUCGUAGUAUUUCCUUUUAUUUAGGUGAGUUGCAGAUCGGCUAAAUCGAGGAGUGGGUCGAAAACAUUGGUAACGUUUUUAUUUUUUUCGUUUGGCUUACUGUAAUCGGUGAGUGUGAUCGCACAACAUGGCUUCUUUAAGGGAUCGAGCAUUUUGACAUUUAAGAACACGAAAAAGUCCGAUGCAGCUCUCCGCCGUGUUUCAAGCUGCUGGCUGUCAAUUUGUGCUCUAGCUGCAACAGCUUUGACCGAGUCUUUUUCUUCAUUUGCGCUGGAAAAUAACUAUUGCAAGAUAGUGAAAAAUAACAACGCGAGGGUGUUUGUGCUUUUGAACCAUGACCACUGAAGUUGCGAGUGACUUGGACGUGACAGUCAGUUGUUUGGGCGAAGGGAACCAAAACAAGUCGGACACGGAUCGACACAGGAAACCUGAUCGAGCGAGCCACGAGGAGGGACAGCAGGAUCCUCCUCAGGUCGACUCUAAACAUCUAAAACAAGGGGUCAUGGAAAGUAAAGCGGAUGGGUUAAGCACGGACAACACGAACGACAAGGAGAACGAGCAGAAUGCAUCAAGCCACAAAGCAGAAACUGCCAAGAAAGUGAUCGAGGCUCCUCCGCCAAAAGUGAACCCGUGGACGAAGAGGAACGCGUGCCCUCCUAGUAAUGCCACCAACAGCUCGCUACAAACAGAACCCCAGAGUCCUACCAAAGUUGUCCGUGUCAGCAAACCCAGAUCCAGGAAGACCAGUAAGUCGAGUGACUUCAGUGACAUCACAAACUGGCCUACCCCUGGAGAAAUCGCCAAUAAGGAGCAGCAGCAGAAUGUGAUAAACGUGCAGGUGAGGAAAGGGACGUCUGGACGGUGGGAGAGGAAGAAGGAUCGCGGGGGAGAGAAGAGAGAGAAGGAGAGCGGAAGUGAUGGGAAUGACAGUAAGGAGAACAGGGAGGCGCAGUCGGAUCCAAUCACAGGACUUUCGAGUGAGCAGGAGACAGAGGAUGGAGUGGAAAUGCACAACAGUGCCACCCACAGGAGAGGAGGCUGGCGAAGAGAUAGAGAUUUCUUUGAUGACACAGCGAGCGUUCGCAGCGAGGGCAGCAAUGUCCGCGGAGGCCUCAGGGGCAGGGGCAAAGGUCGCGGCCGAGGCAGAGGUCGUGGACGAGGUCGCUAUGACUACUCCCACAGUUAUCGGGACUCUUACCUGGAUGGGUCCACAGUUCCAGCCGAGUUCAGCACUAACAUGGUCUAUUACUACACCGACGGCAAUCGCAUGCAGAUGUAUACGAUUGAGGAGAGUUUACUUAAAGAAUACAUCAAACGCCAAAUUGAAUACUACUUUAGUCUCCCAAACCUGGAGCGUGACUUCUUCCUGCGGAGGAAGAUGGAUUCAAAAGGCUUUUUGCCCAUCUCUCUGAUCGCCAGUUUCCACAGAGUCCAGGCCCUCACCACCGAUAUCAACCUCAUUAAGGAGGCGGUGAAGAACAGUGAAGUUGUGGAGCUUGUUGAUGAGCAGAUCCGUAGGAAAGAGGAGCCCGAACAUUGGCCUAUCCCGGGUCCCUCUCUGGACUCCCCGCGCACAGAUUUUUCCCAGCUCAUUCACUGCCCUGAGUUCGUCCCAGGACAGACGUUCACCUCCCUCAGCAAAGUGUCGUCCUCCCCAGUCAGUCAGCACAUAGAUGAACCCGGUCUGGUAAAUGGCCAAACUAGUGAUGACACAGAUGCAGCCAAACCUAAGUCCAAAGAAUCCUUUCCUUCAGACUCAAAAAGCAGAUCUAGUGAAGCUGGGAAUAGGCCUAAAGAGCGGUCUAGCAGUCUCUCUGAUCCAGAUGCCCAGCCGUGGAUACAGGUGGAAAAACGGCACAGAAACGCUCCUGGAAAAAAUAAGACCUCAGUAACUCCUCUUCCUCCUAGCCCUCCUUCUUCUCCUCCUCCUCCUCUUCCUCCUCCUCCUCCACCUCCCCUUCUUGAGUUGUCCCCAUCUGCAGAGCACAAAGAAUUGUUUCAGUCUAGCUCAAAGCAGCAGCCUGAGGCAGACCAGGAGGAGCUGGACUUCCUGUUUGAUGAAGAAAUGGAACGACUCGCAGCGCCUCGCAAGAACACUUUCACUGAUUGGUCAGAUGACGAUUCUGAUGAUGAACUUGAUGACCGAGAUGUAAACAAGAUCCUGAUUGUUACUCAGACCCCCCCUCACCUGCGGAAACACCCUGGGGGUGAUCGGACGGGGAACCAUGUGUCACGUGCCAAAAUUUCAUCUGACAUUGCCAAAGCCAUUAACGAUGGUUUGUUCUACUAUGAAAAGGAUCUUUGGACAAAGGAAGAAGGGCAGCAAGAGUGUGCCAAUGCCAAGGAUGUGGAGAACUUCAAAAAGCUCAACAUGAUCAGCCAAGACGAGUUUGAUACUCUGACCCCUAAACUUCCCAUUGACCCCAACCAGGAGGUCCCGCCCCCUCCACCAUGUCAGACAGAUGAUUCUAGCAUGGCUCAUUCUCUCCCCACGGAUGUCCCAGAAUCCUCCAGUGUGCCUCAGACCCCACGUACACCACGCACUCCUGGAAGACAGGACCCCACCAAAACCCCACGCUUCUACCCUGUCAUCAAAGAUAGCGGUGACCUUGACGGAAAAACCCCCAGAAAGAGGAAAACCCGUCAUAGCUCUAACCCUCCACUGGAGUGCCAUGUAGGCUGGGUGAUGGACUCACGAGAGCACAGACCCCGCACUUCCUCCAUCAGCAGCUCGAAUGCGUCUCCGUCAGAAGGAGCUCCCGCGCUGUCAGGCAGUUACGGAUGCACCCCGCAGUCCCUGCCUAAGUUCUGGCAUCCAUCCCAUGAGCUUUUGAAAGAAAACGGCUUCACCCAGCAAGUUUACCACAAAUAUCGGCGACGAUGCCUUAAUGAGAGGAAGCGAUUAGGUGUGGGUCAGUCUCAGGAGAUGAACACCCUCUUCAGAUUCUGGUCCUUCUUCCUCCGAGACAACUUCAACAGGAAGAUGUACGAGGAGUUCAAGCAGUUUGCCAUAGAGGAUGCCAAGGAGUACUACAGGUACGGACUGGAGUGUCUGUUCCGGUUCUACAGUUAUGGACUAGAGCGGAGGUUCAGACAGGAUAUCUUCAAGGACUUCCAGGAGGAGACCAUCCAGGACUAUGAGAAAGGUCAACUAUAUGGACUGGAGAAAUUCUGGGCUUUCCUGAAAUACGCAAAGGUGAAGAAUCAGCCCAUUGACCCCAAGCUCCAGGAAUACCUCAGCAAAUUCAAGAGCAUCGAUGAUUUCAGAGUAGAUCCACCAAUGGCAGAGGAAGGAGUAAGGAGGAAAGCACACUCGUCCUCCGCAGGAGACGAGGUGAAACGUAGGCGGCACAACUCGACAUCAUCAUCGAAACAGACCCCAGUUGCCAAGACAUCUUCAGACAAUCAACCAACCGCAGGAAUGAUGGCAAAAACAACCACAACGGAUCAGGCCGCUGCCCCAACGACAACGAAAACCACCAAUCAACUAUCAGCCAAGCCAGUCACAGCCAGUCAGAAACCAGCACCUGUGUCCACCGAAAGCAGCACGGCUAAUGACCCGUCUACAAAAGCCCCACCCAAAGAGAAUGUGAAGAAGAAUACCUCAUCAGAUGCUCGUAAAGGAGAGGCGGCGACGAGCAAAAGCAAAGAUGCCCAACAGCCAAAGAAAUGAACCUCUUACUACACUAUAUACAGUAUUUGAGUGUGACUCUAAUUCUGGAGCUGUGAACAGAUUUUGAGUGCUGGUGCAGGCUUACGUUUUACACCGUAACCUCGGAAGUGAGCCAGUCAAACCGUUAGAGCAAAGACCAACUGUCAGACCGUUGCAUUCACAAACUGAAGAGUAAACCAGAAAUAUCUUUGUGUUGUACAAGGUGCUUUUUCUGGACAGGUUAACUUCCAUAAGAACUUUUGUUUUUGUUUUUCUUUUAAACUUUCUUUUUUUUCCUGCAGUUAGUGUUUCAGAAUCAAUUAUGCAUGGUGAACUUGUUUUGCUGUCAAGUUUACAGAAGGUGCAUUCCUACAUUGAAUGCCGUUUUAUCUCUUUUUAAAAUGAGUUUUACCUUUGCAAAUGCCUUACAUUUCAAAAGCAACAAAUAUAUAUAUAUAUAUAUAUAUUACAGCUCUGUCAGCAUAAGUAAUUAAUAAUCUCUUGGUUUGUACUUUGUGCGAAAUGCACAGUACACAUUCAGUUAUUUUAAAAACUCAAACAAAAGCUCAUCAAACAAAAAAACUUGAACUGAGGUUGACACAAGAUAACACACUAUAUAGCUUAUUGCAUUUUUUGCUCUUUUAGCUUGUGUAGGAAAUAUGACAGUGAUGGAAUACUAAGUUCUUUAUGCUUUUAUGAUUAACUGAGUGUCUGAGCUGAAUAUCAGAUAAGUACGUAGAUAUCAGUGGUGAGGGAUUGUAAAAAAUGUUAACAUCAGGAACUACAGGAUGUUCCUGCCUUUAAACCAAUAUUGUGCCGUUCACAUUGCUAAGUUGGUGAUCUCAAAGACACCACGUCUCCAGUUUAGAUGUAGAGUAGAGGAAGAGAAGACAUCUUUUUGACCUUUUUGAUCAUUUUGACUUAAAUUUGAAAACAUCUGUGUACUUGAAGUUUCUAAGAAAUGUUAACUUUUUGAGAAGGAUUAUUCUUCCUUUUAAAUUUUGAAUCCUACUGGAGUUGAGUUUGAGAUAAUUUAUUGUUUUACUCUCUUUUGAAAUCUUAAUUGAUUAUAAUCUUUUUUUUUUAUUGAUAUUACUGAGAGAGUGUAGAUGACUGCAAACAUGGUGGCCCAGAGAAUACUUUGAUUUGCAUUAUAUUUUUAUUUUUCAGUUUGGAUCGUGGCUAAUAACAUUGAAUCAGUGUUUUUUCUCACUUAUGAUCAGUAAUCGGACACUGAAUUAAUGUCCCGAUUGUAUCAUAUUUGCUUAUGAAAACUGUACAUAAAAAUAUUAGAAGCAGCUCUCUAAUUUCAAUCAAUUCAUUUUUAUUGAUUCAUUUUAUUGUGAUAUUUUUGUUUGUGUGCGCUUGUUGUGUUGUAUGCAUGUUGGUUUAAUUUUUUCUUUCCUCAUAAAUUGUAAAAUGUAAAAAAAAAA